GGCAAGGGAAAUUUUUAAUAUUUAGAGCUGCCUGAAAAUGGCGCAGGCUGUCUCCUGGUAGUGAAUUCCCUCUUUCUGAGGAUUUUAAAGCACAAUGAGAAAGUUUUAAAGGAAAUUACUUUAUAAGCUUUCCAGAUUUGUGAUGUGUGUAUUUUCCUGGCCCCAUUCCUUUGCUCUGAAAACAAAUGCUGUUAAACAAACAUUUGUGAAGACGUGACGUGGGCCAGGUAUGUCUAGUGGCAGCCCGAGCCCUCACUGGAAGGCUCUUAGCUGUCUCCAGCAGCCGGCAACGCGGGAACUGUGGCAGCAGGAAGUCAAUGAGGACAAGCCCACAUCCUUAGAACUGCUAAGCAGGUGAGAAGAAACCCUGCCUGCUGCCCUGCUCAGCUUCCAGCUUCUUUCCUUCCUCCAGAACAAUCAGAAUCAUAGCUCAGCCUGUUCCUUCUACUGCCACUCAGGAAGAAUGGCAUUAGCUGUGGCCUGGCUCCUGUUCCUCCAGCUUGUUCUAGAGCCAAAUUUGGUUGUGGACUUCAGUCUGCAGUUUGCCGUCAAGGACUUCUAUGACUUACACACUGACUAUCCUAGAGUCAACUACCCACAAGGUUUUCAGGGCUACUGUAAUGGUCUGAUGGCCUAUGUACGCGGCAGAAAGGAAGACUUGUAUUGCCCAAAGAACCAUUAUGUGAUACAUGCCCCGGAGACAGAAAUUCACAAGUUCUGCAAGUACUGUGAGAACUUCUGUGAGAAUUACAAUGAAUACUGUACACUCACCCAGGACUCCUUCCCCCUCACAAUUUGCUCUUUGAUUACCAUGCAGCCACCCAGUGGCUGCCGCUACAAUGGCACCCUGACCAACCAAAGGCUCUACCUGCUCUGUUCCAGGAAGUAUGAUGCUGAACCAAUAGGUAUUAUAGGUCUCUACUAGGGAAAGGAGGUUUUCAUUGAGAACCACCCACUACUGCCUACCACAGAGCAGCCGGUCCUCAUUUCCAAAAUUCUGAUCCCUGGUACAAAGUUUCCUUUCUGAUUUUGAAGGUAAGCAGGGUUCCUUCCCAAGAGACCAAGGAGGUAGGAAAAAAAUGUCCAUAGCUUUGAUCACACUGCAAAGUCAUAACUGUCUUCUAGGCUCUUUCUAACUUCUUUACCUUCCCCCUCCCCCAUCAUCUUCCCUCUCCCACAGACAGUUCUUCCCACCCAAGAAGCUGACUGUAUCCAGUUGGCAGUGACUGUCCAUCCACUGGGCCAGAUACUGAAUCCUGGAUGGAGGCCCAGAGCCUCAGCUCACACCAUGGCAACAGGAACCCAGUUCAAUACUUCAACUCCCCAUCCCCAACACCUUUCUCUUUUCAGUCUUCCUCAUUUCCCUAUGGUUCCCUCCACUCACUCACCCACACUAUAGGUAUCUCUAGCAAUAGGAACCUUCCUGAGACCUUUAGGUUCAUUUCAGCCUCACUUCCCCUUAGUUCCCUGUCUGUUCCUCUCUAUGAAAUCAUGUUCUUCUCCUAACAUGUUCUUUUCUCCCUCCUUCCAUCAUGGAGCCCAGUGUCUCUCCCUAACCUUUCCAGCCUCCUUUUCCACAACUCUCACCUUGGCUCACUGUAAAAUUUCACAUUACUUUCCCUGAUCUAUCCCCCUAGACAUUCCUGCAACCUGUUCCUUCCCAAAGUUCCUCCUGAUGAUCCCCAAACUCUGGGAUCUGCUGCUGACAAGAUGGGUGACGUGGGCCUGGCUGUAGUUGCAGAAGGUUUCAAGGCCACAUCUGAGUUAUGUAAGA